AUGAAGAAGUCUCCCCGCACGUUAGUGUUUUCUCUUGUCGUAGUCUUCGCCGCGUGUUCUUUGGUCGUUAACUGCAUUCGCACGCCGCCACUAAAAAUUUUGGUCAAUGGAGAAAAGAAAAACGCCGAGAUAGAACAAGCUCAAUCGCACCACAAGGAAAUAAAAGAAAAGGGAGGGGUAGAAAUGGAAAUGUAUCCGACAGGAUCGAGUUUGCCGGACUGUUCAUACGCGUGCGGCGCAUGCUCGCCGUGUAAACGUGUCAUGAUAAGCUUUCAGUGCUCCGUCGCCGAAUCAUGCAGCGUCAUCUACAGAUGCACAUGCAGAGGAAGAUACUAUCACGUGCCAUCCAGAGCUUGA